AGGAGACUCCGUAGUAAAGUAUGUUACUACUUCACCCAAUUAUUUUACAUGCAAAUACUACCAAAUGUCCACGAAAUUUCCAAUCUAAUGCAUGCACUAUUACCUUUUUUUUUUCCACAUGUGAUGAGACUAUUAUAAAUAGUUCUUAGAAUUCAUCACAAUAAUGAGUAGAACACACCAAACUCACUAGUAACAAACUCUCUCUUACUAACUAAAACUCCCACCAUACCAUUUUUAGCCAUGCCGGUCCAAGAAAGAAAUCUAGUUGAUGAGGUCUCCGGUUGGCUAAGGAUUUACGAUGACGGUUCCGUGGACCGGUCUUGGGUCGGGCCACCCGAGGUAAAGUUCAUGGUUGACCCGGUUUCGGCCCAUGAAGAAUUCAUUGACGGGGUUGCGGUCCGUGAUGUGAAUCUCAAAUCGGGUCCUCGGGUUCGGGUAUACAUGCCCGAGACCCGACCCGAGGAUGACCCGAAUGAGAAGUUACCCGUGAUCCUCCACUUUCCGGGUGGUGGGUUUUGCAUAAGUGAGGCCGAUUGGUUUAUGUACUAUGUGUUUUACUCAAAGUUAGCCAAGUUGGGCCGGGCCAUUGUUGUCUCGGUCUACCUUCAGCAUGCUCCCGAGAACCGGCUCCCGUCUGCUGUUAAUGAGGGGUUCUCGGCCCUUUUAUGGCUCACCUCAUUGGCCCAAUCCAAGGCCCAUGAUGAGUGGCUCACAGGCCGGGCUGAUUUUGGACGGGUUUUUUUAAUUGGGGAUAGCUCAGGUGGUAACCUAGUCCAUGAAGUGGGGGCCCAAGGUGGAAAAACUAAUUUGAGCCCAUUGAAACUAGCCGGGUCGAUUCCGAUCCACCCGGGUGUGGUUCGAGCCACGAGAAGCCGGUCCGAGUCAGAAAUGCCCCAAACUCCAUUUUUGACCCUAGACAUGGCUGAUAAGUUUUUGAGCCUAGCCUUACCAAUUGGGAGCACCAAGGAUCACCCAAUUACAUGCCCAAUGGGCCCAGCCGCACCGCCUUUAGAUGGGCUCCAAUUGCCACCAAUUAUGUAUUGUGUGGCUGAAAAGGAUUUGUUCAUUGACACACAAAUGGAAUUCUAUGAAGCCUUGAAGAAGGCUAACAAAAAUGUGGAGCUUUAUAUGAGUGAAAAUGUGACUCAUAGCUUUUACCUCAAUAAAAUGGCCGUGGACCAUGAUCCUCAGACUAAGGCCCAAACUGAUAAUCUUUAUGAUGCUAUAAUUGAUUUCAUCAAAAGGCAUUGAUUGAUUGGAGAAAAAGACUUAUCAAUAGACAAUAGUCACAAUAAUGAAGGUGUUUUUGUCACUUUAGAUGUGAUUGGUGGUGUGACAUUGUAGUAAUGUAGCUUCAUGUUGUCCUAAUAAAUGAUUAUGUAGUUUUAAUGGUGAUGUAAUUUAGAUUAAGAUCCUUGUUAUUUGGAUUUUGUCGACAAACCAUUUUAUGAAUACUUCUUGCUCUCUCUA